UGUUUCCUACAACAACAGCUACCUCAAACCCUGGCUCCCGACAUCUGGAAACGCCUCUUCCCACCUCGUACUCGGAGAUCGAUUCCCAUUCCCAUUAUUCAAAUCGGCGGGAUACUAAGCCGCCGGCGCCCCCUCAAUCCCGGAAUGGAGAUCAACCUGUUCCGGCUUUGCUCCGGCCUCAAAGUCAUUAGCUACUUCAUGAUCUUAAUGGUCGCUGCCAUCGUUGCUGUCUCCUACUACGCCGUCGUCGUGCUGACGUGGGGCCCCGAGCUCCGGACCGGUGGCUUCCACUCUUUUCUGGCCAUCUCCAUUAUCGUUUGAUUUCAUGUUGUGUUUGACUUGCAGCUUAUAAUGUUAUUGUGGUGUUACUUUAUGGUAGUCUUUAGAGACCCUGGUUCUGUACCAGAAAAUUGGAAACCUCUCACGCAGGACGAAAUUUUGGAGGCUGGUAGUUCUCUGACUUCAUCAGAAAUCACAGCAGCUGAGGUUACUUCCAUGCACCCUACAGAUGGACAAGAAAGAAGACAAAAAGUAGGCUAUUGUAGUCGGUGCCAAAAUGCCAAGCCACCACGAUGCCAUCAUUGCUCUGUUUGUCAAAGAUGUGUACUUAAGAUGGAUCACCAUUGUGUUUGGGUGGUGAAUUGUGUUGGUGCCACCAACUACAAGUCUUUUCUACUUUUCUUGCUUUAUACAUUUUUGGAGACGACAAUGGACACUUUAGUUUUGCUGCCAAAUUUCAUCAAUUUCUUUUCUGAAGCCAAUAGUCAUUCCACAUCUCCUGGCAAUUUAGCAGUUGUUUUCGUGACAUUUGUGCUUAAUUUGGCCUUCUCAUUGAGUCUUCUUUGUUUCGUGGUGAUGCACGUAUCCCUUUUGUCAAGCAAUACCACUUCAGUCGAGGUUCGUGAGAAGAGAAGAGCAACCAGAUGGAAGUAUGAUUUAGGCAGGAAGAAAAACUUUGAGCAGGUUUUUGGCACGAAAAAAGCACUCUGGUUCUUCCCAUUGUUGUCGAAAGAGGAUUUAGACAACAUACCUGCACUUCGCGGCCUGGAAUUUCCCACCUUAUCAGAUAGUGAGGCUUGAUGCUUGGUGAGCUCCUAUAUUUACCUCCUUCAAGUCAUUGAAAUAUAUAAUCGACUCGUGCAUAUUUGUAACGUUGAGUCUGAUAAUUUGUGGUGUACAGUGUUUACUUUAGUCAACUUUAGGAUCUAUA